AAAUAAAAUACACCCAAAUGCUGUACCACACGAUUUUUCCCUCUCUCUCUCUCUCUCUCUCUCUGUGUCUGUACUUCAUUGUGACUUAGCAUUCGUUUCCAACACUCAUCUAAACCCUGUCAUUAGCCUCAUCUCUCUGUGUGUGGCCUAGAUCGCUAAUCUAAAGGGAGAACCAUCCAUGGCGAGUCGACUCGGGGGCAACCCAGCUCAGGAGGUGGUCAAUUUGUCCUUGGACUCAGAAUGAGUCUCAAUUGAACAUCGAGAUCGAUCCUUAAAAACCCAGGUGUUCAAUUUUCUUCACUACCUUUCAAUUUUCACUCUUUCCACUCGUAAGCCCCUAGAUUUUUGUACACAAAUUAUUAGCACAAGACCCGAGAUGUCAAAGUCAUCAUGUUCAUGACCUAAACCUAGUUUAAGCUCCCAAUUUAUGCGUUACUACUAGGGUUUUGCAUCUGGGUAUUAAAGUUUGUGUUGAAUUUAGGGGUUUCGAUUUGGUUUUCUUCAAUUUUGUGAUAAGUUUAGGGUUUUUUAUAUUGGAUUUUGUUCCCUUUUUUUUUGUGUGUGUAUACAAGUUAGGGUUCUUGUGUCGAAUCCUUAAUAAUGCAUGCAAAAUUCGGGGCCUUGUGAUUUGGGACUUUUCAAUUGUGAAAACUGAAAUAAAGCUGAGUAUUUCUUUUAAAAUCUGGGGACGUUGAAUUUGUGUAAAACAAGUGUUUCUAAAAGUGUUUCGUCGAUUUGUGAUGGCUGAGGAGACAUCUGAUACAAUGAAUCUUGACUUGAACCUGGGUCCUGUUCCCGAGCCUCAAGCGGGAUCGCUACCCACUGACCCUGUGAAUUUGGAUGAUUGGGUUGGAGAUCCUCCUAAUAAUAGAUUAAGGGAAGCUUUUAGGCUCAGAGCACGGCAGCGGUGGAGGAGAUGGAGGCAGGUUCAAAUUCCAUCAGAAGCUCGGAACAUCUCAAUGGAAUUGAACCAAUUGAUGGUCAAUUCUGGUGAUUUGAGUACAUUGCAGACAGGCGAGGGUAGUAUGCCCGCAGAGGACAGAAUGAAUGAGGCUCCAAAAACAUGCGACAAUAAAAAUGCGAUUUUGGAAGUUGAGAAGUCAGAGACAAAUGAUGCUGUUGAAAAGGCUAUUUGCCAUGAUGGGAGCUUUUUCGACUGCAAUAUAUGUUUGGACUUGGCUAAGGACCCUGUGUUAACUUGUUGUGGCCAUUUGUUUUGUUGGCCAUGUCUCUACCGAUGGUUGCAUGUCCAUUCAGAUGCACAGGAAUGUCCAGUGUGUAAGGGAGAGGUGACGGUCAAAAGUCUGACCCCAAUUUAUGGUCGUGGAAACGGUGUUCGUGAGCCAGAGGAGGACUCAAGUCUAAAGAUCCCUCUUAGGCCAAAUGCAAGGCGGGUUGAAAGUGUAAGGCAAACCCUUCAGAGAACUGCAUUUAGUUUCCCUGUGGAGGAGAUGAUCCGUCGCCUUGGAACUAGGUUUGAUUUGACACGGGACUUUGUACAGCCACAGGAGCCUGACAGGGCACACGAAACAGUAGAAAGAACUAAUUCCUUGUUGAACCGGAUUUUGAACUCUCGCGCGCGCAGAGAGCAAAGUUCAGCGGCUCCCCCAGAUGAUGUUGUGGAUUUAACACAGAGUGACAUGAAUAGCCCUGAGAUCAGAGAAAACCGCCGGCUGCAGUCCCUCUUACUUCGAAGAUCACAAUCUCAUAGAACAACACUUUCUUCUCUUUCAACUGCAUUGACUUCUGCUGAAAGGUUAGUUGAGGCAUAUUUCCGUAACCCUACUAUAGGUAGAAAUCAGGAGCAGCCCCAACCAGUUGACGAUAGGGAUUCUUUCUCCAGCAUUGCUGCUGUUAUAAAUUCGGAAAGUCAGGUGGACACUGCUAUGGAAAUCGAUUCCUUGGUGUCCCUUUCAACUUCAUCAUCCCGAAGAAGAAAUGAUGCUUCAAGGAGUUCAGAUGUGGACAGUGGAGAUUCUCGUGCACCUAGAAGAAGACGGUUGAAUUAAAAAGGAUUUCUUAUAUCCUAAUAUUCAAUCAUCCUGCUAUUACUCGUGAAAAUGCUCCACCUAUGCAAGUGCUCCUUGCCUAAAUAUUGCUUUCACUCUACAAUGUAUUUAACCUUUUUCUACCCCUUUGGCUAUCAUGAGGUGAGUAUAAAACUGCUGCAGCUUUUGCUGUGUACAAUAUCUCGCUUGAAAUAUUAUCCUUUUUCUUCAAAGGGUCUCUGCCUUCAAUUUGUACGGGAAACCAUAUUUGUAGUGGAACAUGUGGGAAGCUGUAAUAAAUUUUCCUGUACAUAACCUUGCAAGCAGUUCCAUGUGUCCGAGGAUGGAUCUUAAUUUCUUUGUUUCUUCUUAACUUUUGAAGUUUAAUGGAAAAACUUAUAAUUUGUAUCA